GCAAAACCAACAUAAUCUGAAAAAACAAAGGAAUCCAAAUUUGUUACGGCUCGUACGAUCUUUUAGAAGAAUAAUGGUCCCCGCCACGGCCUCCGCCGUUGCUCCCGCCGUGAAGAAGAAAACUGCUGGCGCUAAGAAGCCGAAGGCCGCUGCUUCUCAUCCUCCGUUUCUUACUAUGAUAUCGGAUGCGAUCCAGUCGUUGAAAGAAAGAACUGGAUCGAGCCAAUAUGCGAUUGCGAAGUUCAUCGAAGAAAAGUAUAAGCCAUUGCCUCCGAAUUUCCGAAAGAUCUUGCUUGUUCAGUUAAAAAAGUUUGUUGCGUCAGGAAAGCUCGUCAAGGUCAAAGCCUCCUACAAGCUCCCUCCGGCAUCCUCCGUUGCCAAGAAGCCUGCCACCGCGAAGCCGAAAGAUGUUUCCUCUGCUGCCGUGAAAUCGAAGCUGAAGGCAGUCAAAGCCGCGGCGAAACCGAAAAGAAAAGUUGUUACGCCUGUUAAGCCAAAGGCUAAAGUUACGGCGAAACAUAAGGCCAAAGCUAGAAGUAAAGCAGUGACUAAGCCAGUUAAGGCAGCGAAGACGGCCAAAACUACUAUACCGGCAAAGAAAGCGAAGUCUCCGGCAAAGAAGAAGGUCGUGGUGGCAAAGAAGCCUAAGAGCGUGAAAUCGCCGGCUAAGAAAGCGGCGAAGAAGGCGAAGAAAUGAGAAGGAUGGUUUAGUUAGCAGAGUAGGUGUUAAUUUGACUGUGAAUUAGGGGUAGUUCUGGAAUUGCAGGCUAAUAUAUGUUAAUAUUAUGUAUUUAUUAUUGAUAAGACAUGGUUAUGAAUUUUCCU